GUUCUCAGUACCAUAUCAGUGGGAGCGCGAAAGAAUAUAUAAAGGCAGGACACCAAAAUCAGCAUUUCUUUCUUUCUGCAGGAGGUCAUUCGUCACACCAAGUAGACGCCGUCACAUCAAGUAGACGCCGUCACACCAAGUAGACGUCGUCACAACAAGUGGACGUUGUCACCUUGCAACCGCAUUUCGUCAUGGAUGGCACCAGUUGGAUGAUACGGGAUGGGACAGUGCUGUGUGAAGGAAUGUCCCUUGAGCACCUAAGGAGGGAUCUCCAGCAUCAGUAUGGUCCCGGAGCGUCUCCAGUGUUUGUGUACUCCCGUGCCGCACUGGUGCACAAUGUCCGCUGCUAUCUCGACGCACUCUCACCAAUGGGGGCAGGUGGGGUGCUCGCGUACUCACUGAAGGCCAACGGCAAUCCGAGAGUGGCGGCAACGCUGCUGGAGGCGGGUGUGCAGCGGGCCACUUGCGUCAGUGGUAACGAAAUGAAAGUUGCGAUCAAAGCUGGAUUUCCAUCAAAUAAACUUAUUUUCAAUGGCAAUGGAAAACGAAGGUGGGAGGUGGAGGAAGCUGUGCGCAGUGGAUCACUGCUUAAUGUGGAUUCCAUGUUUGAUGCGCGUCGAGUGGUGGAAGUAGCAACUGAAGUGGGGGUGCAAGCGAAACUUUUAUUGCGCCUCAACCCGGCCAUUGACGCUCUCACCCACCCUUACCUCUCCACAGCCCUGGCAGACUGCAAGUUUGGCGUAGAGGAAAGUCAAGUGAAGGAGGUGCUGAAUGUGCUGUGGGCAGCACGAAGCAGUGUGAAGGUCGAGGGAGUGCACGUUCACUUGGGGUCUGCUAUUACUGACUUAUCCGUUUAUGCCGAUGUGAUGCAAUCCGUCUGUCGUGUUCUUUACCAGAUUCAAAAGUUUGGGUGGCAUGACGCGGCUCUGGUAAACCUUGGAGGUGGCCUGGGGGUCUUCCCCGCGCCACACCAACUGCCCGGGGACCACCCCCUGGCCCUUAUCGACAAUGGCACUCCUACGGUUCCCACACCCACUCCUGCGGAUCUAGUGAAAGUGGUGUUGCCUUUGCUGCCAGAAGGUGCCACCCUGAUCCUCGAGCCAGGCCGAUCCCUCGUGGCUUCUGCAGGUGUGUUGAUGACGGAGAUUUUGGGAGUAAAGACAAACGGAGGAAAGGUGUUUGUAGUGACAGACGCUGCCAUGACCGAGGUUAUUCGUCCCGCCCUUUACGGCUCUAAGCAUCCUGUGACUCACCUCACACAGCCCAAGACUGACACAGCCCUGGAGGAAGCUGCGCACUUAGUGGACGUGGUGGGGCCGGUGUGUGAGAGCGGCGACUUCUUGGCACGGGAAUGUAGAUUGUCGCCUCCAGUCACCCAAGGGGACAGCCUGCUGGUGUGGAUGACGGGGGCAUACUGUUUUGCUAUGGCCUCCAACUACAACAUGCGGCCUCACGCACUGGAAGUCAUGGUUCACGGUUCCGCCAGUUACAAGGUUAUUCGACGCCCGCAGAAUUUUGAUGACCUCAUGAAAGAGUGCCAGUAAGAAGCAUCAAAGUCCAUGUAAAUAGAAUUACUGCUAGACUUUUCACUAUUACCAGAA